AUGGCACAUAUCCCCCUUGUACUCUCCAUUUGUCUUCUGGGAGCUUGUCUUGGUGAUGAAAGUACAGUCUUCAUCGAGAACAAAGAGGCAAGCUCAGUUCUGCAGAGGCAAAAGCGAGCCAACUCAAACAGACUGGAAGAGGUUAUUCCUGGGAACCUCGAGAGAGAAUGCAUAGAAGAAAAAUGCAGCUAUGAAGAAGCCCGAGAAGUGUUUGAAAAUGCAGAGAAAACGAUGGAGUUUUGGAAAACAUACGUUGAUGGAGACCAGUGCAACUCCAACCCAUGCAAAAACGGAGCCGUUUGCAAGGAUGGAAUAAAUUCCUACGUAUGCUGGUGCCCAGCUGGGUAUGAAGGCAAAAACUGUGAGAUAGAUUUCACUUGUGCUAUUAAAAAUGGAGGCUGCAAGCACUUUUGCCACCAUGACCCGCCACAGAAGGUUGUGUGUUCCUGCGCCGAAGGCUACAAACUUCAUGAAGAUGGAAAGUCCUGUGAACCUACAGUGCCAUAUCCCUGCGGGAAGAUCACAGCUCCUGAAGCGAAGAGGAAGCUCACCCGAUCCAUGAACACCUUUGAGGACUGGAACAUCACCAGCGAUGACCUCGAUGAUGCUCAUGACGAGGUGCUCGACAACAUCACGGAAACCACCAACACCACUGCCAUGAAAAUCACGCCAAUAUUUAAGACGGGCACCAGGGUUGUCGGCGGGUCAGACAGCAUGAAAGGCGAGGUGCCGUGGCAGGUUCACCUGGUGAACAGUGAUGGCGUGGGCUUCUGCGGUGCAUCCAUCAUCAAUGAGAAAUGGCUGGUGACAGCGGCACACUGCCUGAAGCCAGGGAAUAUCACUGCCGUGGCAGGUGAACACCACACUGACAAGAUCGACCGCACAGAGCAGCACCGUAAAGUGGUGAAAAUCCUUCCCCACCCCACGUACAAUGCCUCAGUCAAUGAGUACCACAAUGACAUUGCCCUCCUGGAGCUGGACCAACCCCUCAUCUUCAACAGCUAUGUCACCCCCAUCUGCCUCGGCAGCCAGAAGUUCACCAACGCCCUGCUGAAGCAAGGGAUGGGGACGGUGAGUGGCUGGGGCAGUCGGCUCUUCCGCGGCCGCCCGGCCACCACCCUCCAGGUCCUCAGGGUGCCCUACGUCGACCGUUCCAUCUGCCUCAAGAGCACCACCAGCUCCAUCCUGAAGAACAUGUUCUGCGCGGGUUUCCCGACUGGGAACAGUGACACCUGUGAGGGGGACAGUGGAGGUCCAUACAGCACCGAGAUCGAGGGCACCUGGUUUCUCACAGGGAUCACCAGUUGGGGUGAGGAAUGUGCCCUGCCAGGCAAAUACGGCGUCUACACCAGGGUCUCCAAGUAUGUGAAGUGGAUAAAGCAAAGCACAAAGCUCACCUAA